GGUCUCCGGUUUGUUUUCACAAUGAUGGAGGAAGAGGAAUUAGAAUUCGCGGAGGACUUGGAGGCGAUCCUGCACCUGACCCCAGAGGUGCAACUCGCCAUCGAACAGGUGUUCCCCAGCCAGGACCCCCUGGACAGGUCAGACUUCAAUGCUGUGGAGUACAUCAACACGCUGUUCCCCACCGAGCAGUCUUUGGCGAACAUCGACGACGUGGUGAGCAAGAUCCGGCUGAAGAUCCGGCGCCUGGAUGACAACAUCAGAACUGUCGUGAGAGGCCAGACCAACGUGGGCCAAGAUGGCCGACAGGCGCUGGAAGAAGCCCAGAUCGCCAUCCAGCAGCUCUUUGGCAAAAUCAAAGACAUCAAGGACAAGGCGGAGAAGUCUGAACAAAUGGUCAAGGAGAUCACACGGGACAUCAAGCAGCUGGACCACGCCAAGCGCCACCUCACCACCUCCAUCACCACCCUCAACCACCUGCACAUGUUGGCCGGGGGGGUCGACUCCUUGGAAGCCAUGACCAGGAAGCGGCAGUACGGGGAGGUGGCCAACCUGCUGCAGGGGGUCGUCAACGUGCUGGAGCACUUCCACAAGUUCAUGAGCAUCCCCCAGAUCAGACAGCUGUCUGAGAGAGUGAAAGCAGCUCAGAGUGAGCUGGGGACUCAGAUCCUGGCCGACUUUGAGGAGUCGUUCCCCUCUCAGGGCUCGAAGAGAACAGGUGGGCCCAGCAACGUGCUGAGAGACGCGUGUCUGGUGGCCAACGUGCUCGACCCGCGCAUCAAACAGGAGAUUAUUAAGAAAUUCAUCCGGCAACACCUGUCGGAGUACCUGGUGCUGUUCCAGGAGAACCAAGACGUUGCCUGGCUGGACAAGAUCGACCGGCGCUACGCGUGGAUCAAGCGUCAGCUGGUGGACUACGAGGAGAAGUACGGACGCAUGUUCCCCGAGGAGUGGAGCAUGACGGAGCGCAUCGCGGUGGAGUUCUGCCACAUCACCAGGGUGGAGCUCUCCAAAGUGAUGCGGACGCGGGCCAAAGAGAUCGAGGUGAAGCUGCUGCUGUUCGCGAUUCAGAGGACGACCAACUUCGAGGUUCUGCUGGCCAAACGCUUCACGGGCUGCACCCUGACGGACACGCCCGGGCAGAAGAAGCCAGAGAGCCCGCUCGCCCCCACCAACCCCUUCCUGAAUGACGAGGGGGGGGAGGAUGUGGGCGGAGACAAAGACGAGGACCUGGCCAAGCCGAGGAAGCCCAAAGCUCCAGACAACCCUUUCCAUGGCAUCGUCUCCAAGUGCUUUGAACCUCAUCUCUACGUCUACAUAGAAUCCCAAGACAAGAACCUGGGCGAGCUGAUUGACCGCUUCGUGGCGGACUUCAAAGCACAAGGUCCACCCAAGGCGAGCACGGAGGAGAGCGGCGCGGUGCUGCCCAGCUGCGCCGACCUGUUUGUGUACUACAAGAAGUGCAUGGUGCAGUGCUCCCAGCUGAGCACCGGAGAGCCGAUGAUCGCCCUCACCACCAUCUUCCAGAAGUUCCUGAGGGAGUACGCGUGGAAGAUCCUCUCUGGCAACCUGCCCAAGUGCAGCAGCAGCAGCAGCGUGGGGAUGACCAUCAGCAGCCUGCUGAAGGAGAAGGAGACCUCGGAGGCGGCCAAGUUCACGGUGGACGAGCUCUGUCUGGUCUGCAGCAUCCUGAGCACGGCCGAGUACUGCCUAGCAACCACACAGCAGUUGGAGGAGAAGCUGAAGGAAAAGGUGGAUAAACUCCUGGUGGAGAGAAUCAACCUGACGGGGGAGAUGGACACGUUCAGCAGUGUGAUUUCAAACAGCAUCCAGCUGCUGGUGCAAGACCUCGAUGCUGCCUGUGACCCGGCCCUCACGGCCAUGAGCAAGAUGCCGUGGCAGAGUGUGGAGCACGUGGGCGACCAGAGUCCCUACGUGACGUCCAUCAUCAUGCACAUUAAGCAAAAUGUGCCGAACAUCAGAGACAACCUGGCCUCCACGCGCAAAUACUUCACACAGUUCUGCAUCAAGUUCACAAAUUCUUUCAUUCCCAAAUUCAUCAACCACCUGUUCCGCUGUAAGCCAAUCAGCAUGGUGGGCGCCGAGCAACUCCUACUAGACACUCACUCCCUGAAGACGGUGUUGCUGGAUCUGCCCUCCAUCGGCUCCCAGGUGCUCCGCAAGGCCCCCGCCAGCUACACCAAGAUCGUGGUGAAAGGCAUGACCCGCGCAGAGAUGAUCCUCAAGGUGGUGAUGGCCCCGCAUGAACCCCCGGUGGUGUUCGUGGAUAACUACAUCAAGCUCCUGGCCGACGGGAAUCCGGAGACCUUCCAGAAGAUUCUGGACAUGAAGGGCCUGAAGCGCAGCGAGCAGAGCAGCAUGCUGGAGCUCUUCCGGCAGCGGCUCCCCACGCCGCCCUCCGGGGCCGACGGCGGCCCGUCUCUGUUCAGCAGCACCCCGGAGCAGGAGUCGUCUCGCAUCCGCAAGCUGGAGAAACUCAUCAAGAAGAGACUGUGAACACACACACACACACACACCGGAAUUCAUCUCAACGACUUUCAGUUCAGUCAUCGCCGAGGAAAGAGCGGGAAAAAAAUAAUAAUAAAGCCGACUGAAUUAUUGUUCUGACUGACAGACGCUGGAUUAUGAAGAAACUUCCUCAAAAGGCUGCUCCGCUGUCAUGUGUCAUUUACUUGUCAUUUCCCACCUUGCGAUGUGUUUUCGUAACAUUAGACCGUCGUUGCGGCGCUUUAACUAAACGUUGCACGAGCACCGGAAGCCCGAUCGUAAUUAAUUAAUUUCAACGGUUAAUCUCAACUCGAGGACCAAGCCAAGACGUAAAUAAUAUUUAGAUUUUCCUGCAUCAGCGGUCCGAUGUGAGGAUGGUUUUCUCUUAUUUAUUCAAAAUCAUUCUUAAUACAUAUUAAAUAUCUAAUUUGGGCCUGGGCAGCAUAUUAAGUAAGGCUAAUCAACCAGACAGGUGGAAGAUUGAUAGUAUUAAUGAUUUCCACUCCGAUGCGGUUGUUUUCCUUGGCCUUCUUGGAUGGUUUCAUAUCAUAUUUAUGAAUUACAAUUACCGAAAAUGCCCCGUUGGAUCCAUUGAGCGUCCUCAAAGUGUAAAUCUCAAAUGGUAACUUUGAUGUUGAUAACAAGAAGAAAAACAAGUGUCACUUCUUAUCAGAAAGGUUGCCUUCAGGUACAAGAUGUCGCUUGUAUGUAUAUUGUCUGAAUGGUAUGCGACAAGUGCAAUUACUUAUUGAACACCAUUAAAAUAUGACCCUGA